CGCUGCUGGCGCUGGAGCUGGCGCUGCAGCUGCGGCUCGGAUUCCGGUUUCUUCUUCCUAUUCGCGUGCAAGGCCGAGAUGGCGACUUCGGCUUGGCUUCUGGGACGGCGUGCGGCGAGUUGGAGGCUGCGGUCGCCGCGGGCGCAGCUCGCUAGCCUCGUGUCCCAGCGGGCCCACUCCCUCUUGCCCGUGGACGAUGCGAUCAACGGGCUUAGCGAGGAGCAGAAGCAGCUUCGUCAGACCAUGGCUAAGUUUCUUCAGGAGCAUCUAGCCCCCCAGGCCCAGGAGAUUGAUCAUAUCAAUGAGUUCAAGAACCUUCGAGAGUUUUGGAAGCAGCUGGGAAACCUGGGGGUCUUGGGUAUCACCGCCCCUGUUCAGUAUGGCGGCUCUGGCCUGGGCUACCUGGAACAAGUGCUGGUGAUGGAAGAGAUAUCCCGAGCGUCUGGAGCAGUGGGGCUCAGUUACGGGGCCCACUCCAACCUGUGCCUCAACCAAAUUGUGCGCAAUGGAAAUGAGGCCCAGAAGGAGAAGUACCUCCCCAAGCUGAUCAGCGGUGAAUACAUUGGAGCCUUGGCCAUGAGUGAGCCCAAUGCUGGCUCUGAUGUUGUCUCCAUGAAGCUAAAAGCAGAAAAGAAAGGUGAUCACUACAUCCUGAAUGGGAACAAGUUCUGGAUCACCAAUGGCCCUGAUGCUGACAUCCUCAUUAUCUACGCCAAGACAGAUCCCACUGCUGUGCCAGCCUCUCGGGGCAUCACAGCCUUUAUUGUGGAAAAGGGUAUGCCUGGCUUCAGCACCUCCAAGAAGCUGGACAAGCUGGGGAUGAGGGGAUCCAACACCUGUGAGCUAAUCUUUGAAGACUGCGAGGUUCCUGCUGCCAACAUCCUGGGCCAUCUAAGUAAGGGCAUCUACGUGCUGAUGAGUGGGCUGGACCUGGAGCGGCUGGUGCUGGCUGGUGGGCCCCUUGGGCUCAUGCAGGCUGUCCUCGACCACACCAUUCCCUACCUACACACAAGGGAGGCCUUUGGCCAGAAGAUUGGGCACUUCCAGCUGAUGCAGGGGAAAAUGGCCGACAUGUACACCCGCCUCAUGGCCUGUAGGCAGUAUGUCUACAAUGUCGCCAAGGCCUGUGAUCAGGGCCACUGCACUGCCAAGGACUGCGCAGGGGUGAUUCUUUACUCAGCUGAGUGCGCCACCCAGGUUGCCCUGGACGGCAUUCAGUGCUUCGGUGCCAACGGCUACAUCAACGACUUUCCCAUGGGCCGCUUUCUGCGAGAUGCCAAGCUGUAUGAGAUUGGGGCUGGGACCAGUGAGGUGAGACGGAUGAUCAUCGGCAGAGCCUUCAAUGCAGACUUCCACUAAGCCCAAGACCCUUCACCCCCUUUCUCAGCACCAAGAGGCCUUUCUUUGGGCAUAGAGAUAUGGCAGCUCUCCUGCUGCUUGGCAGCACUCACAUCAGCCCUUGGCCUCUGCGUGAGGUCUCUACCGUGGCUGACAAGUGCUGUGGGCCUCAGAGCCUGGCCCCCAGGAUGCCACAAGUUGAAGGCAGACAUGGCGGGGUGGGGAGCAGCAUUUCUAGUUACACCUUCCGGUCUGAAGAAGCUGGAGGACGUUAAUGAGGGUUGUCGUGGGUGGAGGGCCUUCCUGGAAAGUGGCUUAAAAUGGACUCAGCAGGAAGCAUACUGGCUGUUCUGGGGCUUCUGGGAAGGCAAGAAGCCAUCCCUUUUUUUGGAGGAGGAGGCGGGCUAUGCCUCUGGCAGGGAGAACAGUACCCUAGAGGCAUUGCCCCUCUACAUGUAUUUGAACACGGCAGCCUCGUCUUUCUAGGGAAAAAAACAAA